AUGGUACCCGUGACACGGUCGGCGUCCAAAAAUCACAGCCGCAAGUCCUCUAAAGCAACCUCGAGCGUUCGGAAACGAACUAGAGCGGCUCCGCAAUCCAAAACGCCCAAAAACCCAGCAACGCGACGAGACAAACAUGUGAAUACGGCAGCAAAGCCGCCGCCGCCGCCAAAGCCGGAGGCAAACGCGCGGGAGAACCCACCAGGAGGCCCAGUCCUCGAAUGGUACAGCGUCGAGGGCUCCGAGUUCCAGGAUGCCGCAGAAUUGUUGGAGCUGAUUGACAUUCUGCGACAUGUUCGUCGGCACCCAGGCUGCCGCGUAAUUUUACGCCAAGAAAGCAAGGAAACGCCUACUCCUGAGUUCUUCGUAAUUGAAUGGCACAAUAACAAUGGCAGGACGAAAUUCCUCGAGUCUGAGGAGUCCAAGCGCUUUAUGCAAAUUGUCGAGGAGAAUCGGGUGCGGAGGACUCUCUUGAUGCACCUGCCUUAUAAAGGUGGCUUUGGUGUUUUCUACGGGACGUUUUUCCUGCCUUACAAUCUUCGCGAAGUAUUGACUGUUUACUUUCCCGCGAGCCUUUCGGAUGCCGUUACCAAUUCCUUGAACCGGGUCAAGGGGCCGGAGACUUGGGGUGGACCUAUGUCGGGGUACACAAUCGAGCACCCUCUCAGAACCCCUUGGGAGGGGCUUUUACGAAAAGAACAUGGCUGGGCAGAUGGAAUUGUAGAAUAUCGAGGGCAGCCUGCUAGGCGUAUGAUAUAUAUUUUCAAAUGGUUAGAUGAAUUGGCCCAACAGCGUUAUAAACAAGAAGCACGGGGAGCGAACAGGCGCGCGUGCGACGGACGGAUUAUUUCGGGCUACAUGGAUGCCUUCUUGGACGAGCUCGAGGAGCUGGGAAUGCUGGGAUACGAGUCCCAGAACGUCGAUUUCUUCGAAAUCUCUGAGCACUACUUCCUGGGCGACCCAGGGUACAUUAAAUGUGUCAACGACUCGCUCGAUCCUCCCUCUUAA